GCUUCUAUUAGAAUUCGAUUGUUUCUUCCUGUGGUGCAAACCAUCACUACAUUAGCCGGCUACAUUCACUGUCAUGGCAUCCAUUUGGGCGAUUUGUUUACGCUCAUCUGCCACUUACAUCUCUUGAUAACACUACUGUAUGAGGAUGCAACGCGUCGUCUACUCUUUACCUUCCAACAGUUCGAGAUUGACAUGACCAACGAAGGCAUGAAUCCAUCCAACCUACAAGCCACAACAUGACUAACACCACUCGUUAGCCUAACGAACCAUGUCACCUAACGUUGUAAUCGUGGUGAUCCUGGCCGCCAUGGUCCUCUUCAUUGCAGUAAUGGUCUGUCUUUGCACACUCUGGUGGCGACACAGUCUGCGCGCCAGCUACCACAACAACCGUUUCGAGCGAACUCCGACGGGCCAACGCCAAACCACCCACGAGAAGAUAGAGCUUGCAGAAAGAGGCGGAAAGAGACACUGGCAAAAAGGUAGAAGGACGCCGGCUCAACCUAGCAGCCAAAGACCUCCUGCACCUCCACGGCGGUUACCACCACCUCCAUCUUCACCUCCGCCACCCCGGCCUCCCCCACCUGCUCGUGGCGGUAAUUCGAUACGCCAUAUCAGUCAGCCUGCGUCGAGGCAGGAGUGGCCUUCUGUGCCCCCUGCACGUAGCAACAAGCCUCCAACGCCGGAGCAGUGGGCCCCUGCACCUUCAUCCCGUGGCAGCAAGCGUGCUCCCAGUAAGCGUGCAACGCCUGCUGCACCGACUCCGGCUGCUCAAGUGCCAAAUAAGCCUCCGUCGCGGGACGAGUGGGAGGCUGUUCCUCAACCUCAACCUCCUAGUAAGGUGGCUUCGGAUAAUGGAUGGGCUCCACCGCCCGAUCCGCCAUUUGUUGCAUCUGGGGGUGUCAAGCGGGGUUCAGUGAAGAGCUGGCAUGCUGAUGACAAGCCGGCUUCCAAUAGAGGGAGCACCUAUGAUACGCAAGGUUACCAGCAGCAGCAGCAGCAGCACGGAGGAGUGGAUCCUAAUGCGUUGACAGCAGCAUUGCAGCAGACGAAUGCGGAGACAAACGAGGAGCCUGCAGAACCAGAGAGUGGAUGGUAGCAGGACAGCUGUGGAAUAAUCUGGAGGUGAAGUG